AUGCGCCUUGUCCAUCUCGUGUCUGCCGCCCUGGCUGCCGCCGGGCCUGUCAGUGCCGCCUGGCCAAACGGCCCCCUCGUCACCUCUGGCCGCUGGAUCCACGAUGCUGCCGGCAACAACGUCACCUAUGCCGGCGCCAACUGGCCCGGCGCCGCCGACACGAUGCUGCCCGAGGGUCUGCAGUUCCAGAGCAUCGACGCCAUUGUCGACAAGAUCAAGGGCAUCGGCAUGAACGCGGUGCGCCUGACGUACGCCAUCCAGAUGAUUGACGAGAUCUACGACAACGGCGGCCAAGACGUGACCAUCGCGACGGCCCUCACCAAGGCACUGGGUGCGACCAACGGCCCCAAAGUCUUGGCCCAGAUCCUGGCGAAGAACCCGUCGUUCACGGCCAGCACCACCCGCCUGCAAGUGUUCGACGCCGUCGCCGCCGCCCUGCACAAGGCCCACAUCUACGUCCACCUCGACAACCACAUCUCGCGCGCCGAAUGGUGCUGCUCGACGACCGACGGCAACGCCUGGUGGGGCGACACCGACUUUGACGUGGCCAAGUGGGUGCGCGGCCUGUCGUACAUGGCGACGCACGCGGGGGGCGGCCACUGGCCCAACCUCGUGUCCAUGUCGCUGCGCAACGAGCCGCGGUCGCCCGACGGCAAGGGCAGCGCGUCGGCCGCCGCGAAGAAGACGUACAACUGGCAGGGGUGGUACCGGUACGUGCGGCAGGGCGCCGACGCCAUCCACGCCGCCAACCCGGACGUCUUGAUUUUCCUGUCGGGCCUGGGCUACGACACCGACCUAUCGGCCGUCACAAGGGGAUCGGCCCUGUCGCCGGGGUCUGCCAAGUUCUCGCUCGGCGACUUCACCGGGUACGGCAACAAGAUCGUCCUCGAGCUGCACAACUACCAGAACAGCGCCACCUCGUGCAGCAGCCUCGAGAGCGGUCUGGCCAGCAGCGGCUUCAGCGCGAUGACGUCGACGUCCAGCAGCAGCGGCCUCCAAAUCCCCGUGCUCAUGACCGAGUUCGGCUUCCAGAUGGACGCGUCCACGUACAAGGGCGUCUACGCCACCUGCCUGGCCAGCUACCUGCCCCGGAUCCACGCCGGCUGGACCAUCUGGGUGCUGUCGGGCAGCUACUACAUCCGCUCGGGCAAGCAAGACUUUGACGAGACCUGGGGCCUGCUGAACCACGACUGGAGCGCCUGGCGCAACCCGACCUACGUCAAGGAGCAGCUGGAGCCGAUGAUCAAGGCGAGCCUGGCAUAG